AUGUCGAUGCCUGCAGCAGACCAUCAUCAUUCAUCGAAGAAACCAAACCCCACCGCUCAUCCAUUCUCCAAAUUACGUUCGAAAGUGGAUCACCUCCAAUCUGAUUUAUCACGACUGGGUAUAGCCAUCUCGACUACCCUCAACCCGAAUCAUAGACACGAUGAAGCUUGGGAACAGGAGGUAGAUGCUAAGAUUGAGGCGAUAAGGGAUCAACAUCGUUUCCGCUCCUUUAGUGGGAUUCGUGAGGGGAACGUCGCGAAGUUUGCCGUUGAUGGCCACGAUUACUUUUGGGCGGUGUCGGAGAUGAUCGAUAGCGCUAAAGAAUGUAUCAUGAUCCUCGAUUGGUGGUUAUCACCUGAACUACAACUUCGACGUCCUGCGGCCUUGUUUCCUGAAUGGAGAUUGGACAGAUUGAUCAAGAAAAAGGCGGAAGAGGGUGUCAGAGUAUAUGUUAUGGUGUACAAAGAGGUCGAUUUGUCCAUGAGUUUGUCGUCUAAACAUACCAAGCACGCUCUUGAGGAUCUUCAUGAAAACAUCUCAGUAAUGCGACACCCCGAUCACAGUGGAGGUGAAUUGGUAUACUAUUUCUCGCAUCACGAGAAAUUAUGUGUCGUGGACAACAAAAUUGCUGCGAUGGGUGGUCUGGACGCCUGCUUCGGUAGAUGGGAUACAAGAAAUCAUCCUCUAGCGGAUGUACACCCUACCGAAUUUUACAAAUCUUUAUUCCCGGGUCAAGAUUACAAUAAUUCCAGAAUUAUGGAUUUCCAAACUGUAGAUAAGUAUACGAGUAAUGCUUUGGCUAUUCAAGAUGCACCUAGAAUGCCCUGGCACGACGUCUCCUUGACCUUGAUUGGACCGUCCGUUGUUGAUUUGGUCCAGCAUUUCACGGAACGAUGGAACUUUGUCAAGACCAUCAAGUACAAGCAUGAUCAUCGAAUGGAAUGGCUCUCAUUGCCAUUCCCAUGGGACGAUGUAAAAUCACGUCACGAUGAGGAAAAGAAGAUCAAAGAUAAUGAAUUCAGAGAACAUCAUCCCCAUUUAUCAGAUUGGAAAGAGCGAGGAAGACAAUUCUUCCAUCCAUAUCAUUUCCCACCCUCAGAAGCACCCCGGGCAGCUGAACCUGUUCCUUAUGGCACAUGCCGUGUACAAGUGCUUCGUUCAGCUGCUGAUUGGAGUCACGGUAUCUUGUUGGAGAAUAGUAUUCAACAGGCAUAUAUCGCUCUGAUCAGAGAAGCCAAUCAUUGUAUCUACAUUGAGAACCAAUUCUGUAACAUUUCUGCCUGUAAGGAAGGACAGCCUGUCAAAAAUUUGAUAGCUCUUGCAUUGGCACAACGAGUCAUUUCUGCUGCUCAAGAAGGUAGAAAGUUCAAGAUCAUCGUUCUCAUUCCUGCUGUGCCUGCAUUCCCCGGAGAUAUCCAAUCUCAAUCUGGUUUGAAAGCUAUCAUGGAAGCUCAGUAUCGAACAAUCAACCGAGGUGGUGCUUCUAUCUUUGAGAUGAUCAGAGAAGCAGGGUUCGACCCAAUGCAAUAUAUUACUUUCUGGAAUUUGAGAAGUUACGAUCGAAUCAACAACCCUAAAGCAGCUAUCAAGCGCAUGGAAGAGAGGUCCGGAAUAUCAUUCCACGAAGCUCAAGUAGCUUUGGCGAAGGUGUACGUCGGAUCAGAGGAUGUCGCAGGGGGUCAGGACGAAACUGUCAAUAUUGAACAACCUCAUGACCAGACUGAUGGAGUUGACCAAAUCAACAAGAAAGAUACUGUCCAAAAAGCCAUUAAGUUGCCUAAGACUAUCGAUGAGGCUAAGCAGAUCAUUGAGAGAUUCCAGAAUGGUAGAAGUAACGACGACAAGCAUGUAUCUGACAAUGUCGGUCAACAUGCUUUCCGAGAUACGACUUCGUUGCUUGACGAGCAAUGGGAUGGUACUGAAGAAGAGGAAUUGGCAUGUUUCGUUUCUGAGAUUCUCUACAUCCAUAGUAAAUUGAUGAUUGUAGAUGACCGACGAGUUAUCUGUGGAUCUGCCAAUUUGAACGAUAGAAGUCAAGUUGGUGACCAUGAUUCUGAAAUCGCUGUUGUCAUUGAGGAUUCUGAUAUGGUGGAAUCAAUGAUGGAUGGCAAGAAGUACAUGGCUAGUAAUUACGCUACAACACUACGAAGAACUCUCAUGAGAGAACACCUCGGUCUCCUUCCGCCUCAACCACCAUUCGACUCUGCCGAACAUCCCAACGCCGCUAUGCAUCCUGCGCCUGUACCGUACGAGUACGAUUUUGGCUCACCAGAAGAUAAAGCUGUUGAAGAUUUCUUGAGCGAUGAGUUUGAACAACUUUGGGUGGGCACUGGUAGAGGAAAUCGAGAGAUCUUUGAGAAGAUCUUCAGGCCCGUACCUAACGAUUCGAUCAGGAACUGGGAGGAUUACAAGAAAUACUUGGCACCUAAUGCAGGCAUAUCGAGCGGUCACGUCGCUGAUAGAAGCUUGAAAUUGAGAGAAGUAAAGGAGAUGUUGAGUAAAGUUAGAGGACAUUUGGUUGAUAUGCCACUUGAUUUCUGUAUCGACCUCAAAUGGAUGACUGAGGGGGAUUGGUUGUCAGUCAACCCAUACACUUUGGCUUUGUACGUCUGA